AUGGAAUAUGUCCACUUGCAGCGACAUGCAGUUAUACCAUACCGAAACUCAUAUUGGGUCAUACGCAAAGGGAAACGCGGAUAUUGGGUCUGGGCGCCUGCUAUGAACUGUUGUCCCGGAGCUCUAGAUGACUGCGACAAUGAUGACGAUCUGGAUGAUACUGAAGCCGUAGUCUGUGGGUUUGGGGUUGAUAGGAAAGAGAGUAACGAGAGUGAUGCCGAGUAUCGUGGCAAGGUUGGGUUUGUGGAAGAUAAGGACCCAAACUCUAUGAUAAAACCUGGUGUGAGGCCUUGGCCAGACUAUAAUACGGCGGUUGAGAUGGUUGAGGAGUGGUAG